AUGGCAAUCUGUACUUAUAACGCACGUAUGCUUGCAUCGGAAGCGGCCAUCGAACAAUCUGAUGAUGCAAGCCAAGAAGAUCAAGUACGACGUCAUCGGAUUGACCGAGACGAGACGACCUACGAAGAAGAAGUCGAAGCUUUCUAUAUGGACCUGGAGAAGUUCUACCGAGAAGACCAUGCCUUCUACAAGGUCAUAAUUGGCUAUUUCAACGCCAAAGUUGGCCCAAGAAGAAAGCCUGAGGAACUUCACAUCGGGACCUACGGCCUACAAUGGAAUGACCAGGGAGAGAGGCUCUCCGAGUUCAUCAUGACGACUAAGACCAUCCAUGGGAACUCGCAAUUCCAAAAGCCCUCCCCUCUACGCUGGACAUGGGAGUCACCCGGUGGAGGGUUCUGCCUGACGGACGUCGCUGCUGUACUGAAGUUCUAUACGGGAUCGGACCAUCGCCUCCUCCAAGGAACAUUUUCCUCCACAAGGAGAGCAGAGAAAGCCGCCAAGCUCAGAGAGAGAAAUCCCAGGACUAUCAUCAACUGGGAUCUCUUCACUCCGCUAGCCGGCUUUUGGGAAGAUUCCGCAAUGGACAACAUCGACGAGGAAUAUGACCGGAGACGCCUAACUCUCGAAACUCUUGAGCUGAUACGCCAGCGUGGAGAAACACGAGCCGCAGGGAACCAAGAACUCAAGUCCGAGUUCGCAAGACUUUGCAGAGAGGCGAUAAAGGAAGACCUAAAAGAGAGAAGAGCAGAAGUGCUGGCUGAAGCUGCGGAGGCGGGGAAAAGCAUCCACUAUGCUCAUCGAGACGGAGGGCAAGACGACGAUGACUGCUCUCCGGAACCCGAAGGGAACAACCAUUGCAUCGAGAAGGGGGAUGGAGAAAAUCAUCUACGACUUUACUCUGAUCUCUUCGACAGCCAUGUCCACUUGCCUCCUCACCAUCAAAGGGAAGACAGACAUGUCAUUCCAGAGGUUCUCCCGUCCGAAAUACGACAUUCUAUCAUAUCGGUAAAAAAUCGUACGGCACCCGGUCCCGACAGAAUAAGACCAGAACACCUGAAAAACCUUCUGCCAGUACUCAUCAACACCUUGGCGAAACUCUUCACACGUUAUCUGUCGGAAUGCAAGGUUCCUAAACAGUGGAAGACCAGCAAGACCGUGUUGUUGUAUGAAAAGGGAGAUCCACAUGACAUCGGCAACUAUCGUCCAAUCUGCCUACUGUCCGUCAUCUACAAGCUCUUUACAAGAGUAAUCCUUAAUAGGAUUGAAAAAGUCUUGGAUGAAGGACAGCCAUGCGAGCAAGCAGGGUUUCGAAAAGGAUUAAGCACGAUUGACCACAUUCACACCGUUUAG